UGUCACUGGUUCACUCAGUCUCAGCAUCACCAGCAGAGCCAUUUUGGCUUCUACAUUACAGGGCACUCAAAGAUCUCUCCUCCAAGUAGCCUCCCUCCUUACAAGCAGGCCUCAACGGGCAUCCAGAACAAAUAAAGGAUCCUUUGUUAAACAAGAGGGAAAAGCAGAUUGUGUUUGACAUAUCAGAGGAAGAGCUCAAGAAAAAGAUUUUGAGAAGCCAGCGCAAGAGACAGUAGUUGGAGCUGAUCUGUAGAGUCAAUAGCUGAGAGCAUCAGAGGGUCUCCAUUGGAAAGGUGUGAGCACUGACCUGGGCUUUUAAAGGAGUGCUCUCAGCACACACACAGAGGCACCAUGGCAGGGGCCUCGGUGAAGGUGGCGGUGAGAGUUCGGCCCUUCAACUCUCGUGAAAUCGGUAAAGAUUCCAAGUGCAUCAUCCAGAUGUCAGGAAACACAACCACCAUCAUCAACCCCAAAGCACCCAAAGAAAACAAAAGCUUCAAUUUCGAUUACUCCUACUGGUCACAUACCUCGCCAGAAGAUAUCAACUUUGCCUCCCAGCAGCAGGUGUACAGAGACAUUGGAGAGGAGAUGUUACUUCAUGCCUUUGAGGGCUACAAUGUCUGUAUUUUUGCAUACGGUCAGACCGGUGCCGGUAAAUCCUAUACCAUGAUGGGCAAACAGGAGAAGGACCAGCAGGGGAUCAUUCCACUGCUGUGCGAGGACCUUUUCACCAAGUUUAAUGACAACAAUACUGAUAACAACAUGUCCUAUUCUGUGGAGGUUAGUUAUAUGGAGAUUUAUUGCGAGAGGGUACGAGAUCUUCUGAACCCCAAAAACAAAGGAAAUCUGCGUGUGCGAGAGCACCCAUUACUGGGCCCAUAUGUAGAAGAUCUGUCCAAACUCGCUGUCACAUCAUAUAAUGACAUUCAAGACCUGAUGGACUCAGGGAAUAAGGCUAGGACAGUAGCUGCCACUAACAUGAAUGAGACCAGUAGCCGUUCUCACGCUGUCUUCAACAUCAUCUUCACCCAGAAGCGGCAUGACUCGGAAACAGAUAACACUUCAGAAAAGGUCAGCAAAAUCAGUCUGGUGGAUUUAGCGGGCAGUGAGAGAGCAGACUCCACUGGAGCCAAAGGCACACGGCUCAAGGAAGGGGCAAACAUCAAUAAAUCACUCACUACCCUGGGAAAAGUCAUUUCAGCUCUGGCUGAGGUGGAUUCUGGCUUAAACAAGAACAAAAAGAAGAAGAAAGUGGAAAAUUUUAUUCCUUAUAGGGAUUCGGUACUGACCUGGCUACUGAGAGAGAACCUUGGUGGCAACUCUCGCACUGCAAUGGUGGCCGCUCUGAGUCCAGCCGACAUCAACUAUGAUGAAACCCUCAGCACUCUCAGGUAUGCGGACAGGGCUAAACAGAUCCGUUGUAAUGCUGUGAUCAAUGAAGAUCCUAAUAACCGUCUGGUGCGUGAACUGAAAGAAGAGGUGGGACGUCUGAAGGACCUCCUCUAUGCCCAGGGCCUGGGUGACAUCAUUGAGACGUUUCGGGGGCCAGUUGAAGAUUUUGCUGGUUUGAAAUACAUAUCCGAUUACAAGAACAAUAACAAUAGUGGCCAAGAUGUCAAUCAAAGAGGUGAUCUCUCCACAGUGACCAAUGCUAUGACUGGGAUGAGCCCCUCUCCAUCUCUCUCCGCCCUGUCCAGCCGGGCUGGUUCCAUCAGCAGCUUGCACGAUCGCAUCAUGUUCAGCCCAGGGAGCGAGGAAGCCAUUGAGAGACUCAAGGAAACGGAGAAAAUCAUUGCUGAGCUCAAUGAAACGUGGGAAGAGAAGCUUCGCCGUACAGAAGCCAUCAGAAUGGACAGAGAAGCACUGCUGGCUGAGAUGGGUGUGGCCAUGCGUGAGGAUGGAGGAACUGUUGGAGUCUUUUCACCAAAGAAGACACCCCACCUGGUGAACCUGAAUGAAGAUCCUUUGAUGUCUGAGUGUCUCCUAUAUUACAUCAAAGAUGGAAUUACUAGGGUGGGGAGAGAAGAUGCCAGCAGUAGACAGGACAUUGUUUUGAGUGGUCACUUCAUCAAAGAGGAACACUGCACUUUCACCAGCACCACUGGGCCAAUGGGAGAAGCUGUCAUUCUCGAGCCGUGUGAGGGAGCAGAAACGUAUGUAAAUGGGAAGAGAGUAACAGAACCCACUGUUCUCAGAUCAGGGAACCGAAUCAUUUUGGGCAAGAGCCAUGUUUUCCGCUUCAACCAUCCAGAGCAGGCUCGUCAGGAACGUGAGCGCACCCCCUGCUCUGAGACCCCAAUGGAGCCUGUAGACUGGGCCUUUGCUCAGAGAGAACUCCUGGACAAACAGGGCAUUGAUAUGAAACAGGAAAUGGAUCAGAGACUGCAGGAACUUGAGGAUCAGUAUCGCAAGGAGAGAGAAGAGGCCAACAAUCUAUUGGAGCAACAGAGAUUAGACUAUGAGAGCAGGCUAGAAGCACUGCAGAAGCAGGUAAAUCGUUGUUACCCUGAUGUAGCAGAGGAAGAUGAAGAACCUGAGGAGGAAGUGCAAUGGACUGAGAGGGAGACAGAACUGGCGUUGUGGGCUUUCCGUAAAUGGAGAUGUUAUCAGUUCACAUCUCUAAGAGACAUGCUUUGGGGCAAUGCCAUCUUCCUCAAGGAGGCCAAUGCCAUUAGCGUCGAGCUAAAGAAGAAGGUUCAGUUUCAGUUUGUUUUAUUGACGGACACACUUUACUCUCCACUUCCGCCUGACCUGUUACCACCUGAGGCUGCUAAAGACAGGGAGAAGAGCCCGUUCCCUCGCACCAUUGUGGCCGUAGAAGUCCAAGAUCAGAAAAAUGGAGCCACACAUUACUGGACCCUGGAGAAGCUUAGGCAGAGGUUGGAUCUGAUGAGGGAGAUGUAUGAUCGUGCUGCUGAGGUGCCCAGCAAUGCUCUUGAAGACUGUGACAGUGUGUUGACUGGAGGCGACCCCUUCUACGACCGGUUUCCCUGGUUCCGUCUGGUUGGAAGAAACCCCCUUUUCUCCACAUGCCUUAGUGAGCAAGCGAGCGACUCUAACUCCUCCCCCACCCCCUCUGAGCCCACAUCAACCUCUGAACUCACUGAGCUGGUCCAGUCAUGGCCGGACAAGAAGGUGGGGACAGAUUUGGAUGACUUGGACGAUGAUUUCUUGUUGGAUGACCCAUACUCGGAUUUAGAGGAGGAGGAGGGGGAGGAUGAUGAUGAUGAUGAUGAUGAUGAUGAGGGAGAGCUCUGCAGAAGCUCCAGCAAGACUGAGGACCCGUUUUAUGAUCGCUCGCCAUUGUUCAGUGUAUUGGGAAGGGCUUUUGUGUAUUUGAGUAAUCUGCUCUAUCCUGUGCCCCUGGUACAUCGGGUUGCCAUUGUCAAUGAGAAGGGAGAGGUCAAAGGUUUCCUCAGAGUAGCUGUACAAGCAAUAUCAGGUGCUCUGGUUUUUCCUCCAGCUGAUGAAGAGGCACCAGACUAUGGCUCUAGUGUCCGACAGUCAGGCACUGCCAAGAUUUCUUUUGAGGACCAACAGUUUGAGAAGUUCCAGUCAGAGUCCUGUACUUCUGGUCUUUCCUGUGCUGGUGUUUCUCAGGAAGAGCUCCGAAUUGUGGAGGGUGAGGGCCAGAAUGCAGAGAUGGGACUCUCAGCAGAUGAAGUCAACAAUAAUACCUGUGCAGUUAACCCAGAAGAGUUGGACAGCCCUGUAAAAACAGGUUUUGAUGGCAUACUGGACGGCGCUCUGGAUCACUUGAGGAUUGGAGAAGUCUUCACAUUCAGAGUUACUGUGCUGCAGGCAUCAAGCAUAUCCGCAGAGUACGCAGACAUAUUCUGCCAGUUCAAUUUUAUUCACAGGCACGAUGAAGCGUUUUCCACAGAGCCGUUGAAGAACACUGGACGUGGUCCACCACUUGGCUUCUAUCAUGUGCAGAAUAUUGCCGUGGAAGUGACUAAAUCCUUUAUAGAGUACAUAAAGACUCAGCCGAUUGUGUUUGAAGUCUUUGGACAUUACCAGAAGCAGCCUUUCCCUGCGCUCUGCAAGGAUCUCAUUAGUCCAUUGCGCCCAUGUAGACGGCAGUUCCCGAGAGUCAUGCCUCUUUCCAAACCAGCCGCAGAUAACGACACCCCUCCUGAUCGAGAGAAGAACAUGGACCUGAUUCGCUUCCUGUUGCCAGAGGUCUUCAAUGGGGCUCUGGUGGACUCGCUGUCAAGCCACGCCCUCAAUGCAGCAGGCGUGGCUGUUUCCUACCUCCUUGAGGGGGAGGAGCAAGCCAGACUGCCGGCCCCGCCCAUGUCUAUCUGUUCAGUAAUAAAAGCGCAGAAGCCGGUACCUGCCACCAAACUGACAGCUCUCACACGACCCACAGCAGGACCGUGCCACUGUAAAUACGACCUGAUGGUCCUCUUUGAAAUCUGUGAGCUAGAGGCCAAUGGAGACUAUAUCCCAGCCGUAGUGGACCACCGGGUUGGCAUGCCCUGCCAUGGCACAUUCAUGUUACAUCAGGGCAUCCAAAGGAGAGUUACAGUCACCAUAGUACAUGAGUCAGGAAGAGAUAUCGAGUGGAAGGAAGUGCGAGAGCUGGUUGUAGGGCGCAUCCGGAACACACCUGAAGCAGAUGAGGCGAUCAUCGACCCCAAUAUUCUCUCUCUCAACAUACUGUCUGCAGGAUACAUUCGACCCACACAAGAUGACAGACAGUUUCUUGAUUCGGACAUGCCUAGCAUUUCCUUGGGGACUGAUUCUAGGACAUUCUUCCGUUUUGAUGCUGCUUGGGAUUCAUCCAUGCACAACUCUUUGCUGCUAAACCGUGUCACUCCUUAUGGAGAGAAAAUCUACAUGACUCUGUCUGCUUACUUGGAGAUGAAGAACUGCACACAGCCCACAGUGAUAACCAAAGACUUAUGCAUGGUGUUCUACUCGCGAGACGCCAAGCUCCCGGCAUCUCGCUCCAUCAGAAACCUCUUCAGCAGUGGCACCUUGAGGCCAUCUGAAGGAAACCGUGUAACUGGUGUGUAUGAGCUCAGUCUGUGCCACCUGGCUGAUGCAGGGAGCCCAGGAAUGCAAAGACGGCGCAGGAGGGUGCUGGACACGUCGGUGGCGUAUGUGCGAGGGGAGGAGAACCUGGCUGGCUGGAGGCCCCGCAGUGACAGCCUCAUCCUGGACCAUCAGUGGGAGUUGGAGAAAUUGAGCCUCCUGCAGGAGGUGGAGAAAACUAGACACUACCUCCUCCUUAGGGAGAAGCUGGAGUCCACCCUGCUGCUGGGCCAGGAGUCGCUGCUGUCCUGCGGGAGUGAAGAUCUAACCGAGUCCUCUUCCCCAUCCACCCACCUGGGCCUGGGCCACAGCCCCGGCCCCGGCCCCGAAACACCCAACGAGAGGCAGAAGGAGCUGGCUGCAAAGUGUCUGCGUUUGCUUAACCACACCUUUAACAGGGACUACAGCCAUGUGUGUGUUAGCGCCAGUGAGAGCAAGUUGAGUGAGAUGUCAGUAACUCUUUUGAAAGACUCAGCCUCGGUGUGUGCUGAAAGCACUCUCACACCGUCCUCCACAUGUCCAUCUCUUGUGGAGGGACGCUACGGCCACAGCACCGAUCUCAGACCCCCAACACCUCGAUCUCGUGCUGUCAGCCCCAUCCCUGAGUCUGAAACAGAGGGCAUGAAGUCUCCUCAACUGUCCAGAUCAAGGACCCACACUUUCGUGCCAGAUAUUCAGGAAAUCCGUGUCAGCCCAAUUGUGUCAAAGAAAGGUUAUUUGCACUUCCUGGAGCCCCACAGCAAUGGCUGGGUUAAGAGAUAUGUGGUGGUGCGCCGACCUUACGUCUACAUCUACAACACAGAGAGAGACACAGUGGAAAGGGCCAUUCUUAACCUGUCCUCGGCACAAGUGGAGUACAGCGAAGACCAGCAGGCAAUGCUGAAGACCCCCUACACGUUUGCGGUAUGCACAGAGCAUCGUGGGAUACUCCUUCAAGCCAGUAAUGACAAGGAGAUGCAUGACUGGCUGUAUGCCUUUAACCCUUUGCUUGCUGGAUCUAUCAGGUCUAAACUGUCUAGAAGAAGAGCCGGGCAGAUGAGGUUUUGAGCCCACCACAUGUACAACUCUUCGAGGACAAAAAACACUAAGGACUAUACUUGUAAAUAGAUCUACUGACAGAUCCCCCAGUUUCUGUGCUCAAUCAACUCUCUGACCCUCUGUUUCCUUCAUGUGUGUACCUGCACCUGCCCACACUAGCACCAACUGUGCACCUGUAUCUUAAAGGCCCCUUUGUUGUGCAUCUACAGUGGCCUAAAUAUUCAACUUAUAGCGCCAACAGAACAGGCUAACUACUUUUUCGGGUUAGAGAUAGUAUGCUUAUGUAGUCUUCAGCAACAUUUUAGAAAGUUUGAAAAUUCUGAAGCUGUCAGCUCAUGCAAACACAUCUAAAUUUGGUACUGUGAAGAGUGACGUCCAUAUCUUGAGUUUGGUGGGAAAAUGGAUCACAUGGCCUUAUUGUGCUACUCGACUUGCAAGUCUAUGGGUUUAAAGCUGGUCGGUAUUUAAGUCAGCAGGCCAUAUGUUUAUUUAUCUCUUGGCUAUGGAAGAUAUAAUUGAUCAAUGAUAAGCAGUUCUUAGCAAGGAGCAGAUGAAUCACAUCAUAUUACGCUCUUACUCUCUUUAAGUGCAGUUCUUGGACACAGUACAGCCCACCAUAAAUACUCAUAUACCUCUAUAAUGUUUCCCUUGUAAGGCCUUGAAAUGCAGUUUUCAAAAUAAUCAGGACGCAUGAGGAAAAAUUUGGCAAUGGCAAAUGGUUGCAUUCUCAUACCUCUGUAUGAGAACCAUUAUAAAGAUUUGGCCUAUUUUUGUUGGAGUACUGGUCAGUAGAUUUAUCUAAAAUGUAUCAUAAUCCAGUCUAAUAUUUUAUAUAAAAAAUGAUCGGUAUCCCCAAAUUAUCUUAUAUAUGUCUAAUUUAUUUUUAAAAUUUCUAUUAAAGUCUUAUCUAGUUAAGUAUUUAUUUAACAUGUUUUAUUUAUUUCAGCAUGUAUUUAUUGACAAAGACUGUAAUAUUUUUUGAAGAAGUACAGUGCAAUUUCUGCAUAUGACACUUUUUUUUUAUCAUGAGUUGACUAAGCUCCAUUUUGUGACCGCACUGCUCUCAUUCCCCCAACAUGACGAAAUGCAUUUGGGGAACAGGUUAGAAGUGAAUGCUGGGAUAGCUGCUAUAACAUGUAGAUUACUUGAAUUUUACUUUUUAGAUGUUACCUAGUUUUGGUUAAGAAAAAAGUUUUUUUCAGGUUGAGAAAAAUUAUCAUUAUUGCCCAGAAUCCUACAUGAGUGUUUGUACAGUGGUCAGUUUUAGAAAAUGGAAGGUUUAGAAGUUUGUUAGAACAAAUGAAAUGUACAGUACUGAUGGAAUUUUAUAUACUCACCCCAGAGAGUGAUGAGAUAUGAUUUGUGCCUCUUGCAUCAUCUACUCCGCUUUUGUUUUACAAUUUUCAUCAUCCACUUUCAGUACCACCCUUUCUCUUUGUGUGUAUUCAUUCUUGUGCACAGGCAAAAUCAGUUUUAAUUAGUUUUUAGAUAGUUUUCAUAUUGCACAUGCCCAACAUAUGACUAGGUUUUGAGAUUUAUAAGCAUAUUUACUGUAGAUGGUGUAAAUUAUUUUUUCCUCAACUGAUUUUAUUUGCAAAUGAACAAAACAAAUCUACUUAUUCACACCCAGAAACAUUUUUCAUUUCAGGGACAAGUUUCCAUCAUGGACUCCAAAAAUAAGCCCUUCUAUUGUUCCAAACAUCAUUUUGGUCCUAUUUUUUGUGAUUAAAAUCAUAUAAAAUAUGUGAGGAGCUGAUAUAUGGCAACACGAUACGUUUCAAACACCAUUUUUUGGUUUUAAAUUUGUCUCAGGACGGAUUGUUGUGCUUAUUUCCAAUAGGCAAACCCCCUCAAAAACAGGAAACCAUCUGAGCUGAGAUCGCUGAUAGUUGUUCAACUUCAGCCGAACUACAUUUUAUGGAAUAUGAAACAACAUUUUUGAGUUAUAUAAUACCAGCAGCUGUGAUUUAGACACUUUUUGUGACAAAGCAUUUGCUAGCAGGUGGAGUCCUGUGGGCCAUACCUUGACUUGGGCAGUUACUGGAGCAGAGCUCAUGCUUUUCAGAUGGCUUAUAAUGUGAGAUGAUUGGAUGAUCCUGCAAAUUGCCUAACUAACACAAGCCUUUCACCCAUACUUGCAUGUUCAGUGCAUAGAUCAAUUGUUUGCAAAUCACCCGAGGUUCCUCCAGGGCAGCACGAUUCAGGCACAUGUGUAUGACUGAGGCCAGCCAACCUACAGCACAUGCUCAGUACAGCAAGAAUCUGAAACCCUGAACAAACCUCUACUGAAAGCCUUGAUAUGUUUAUGAAUUCUACACUUCUAAUUCCAAAAAAUCAGUUACUAAUAUGGGUGUUUAGGAUGGUAUUCUGUUUCUGUGAGUAAAAGCAGAAAGCAUAUCCCUGAUAUGAUUCUCAAACCCUGAAGGUUCUCUGUUCAUGCACCUUUUCCUUUUUCCAUAAUACUGUAUGUCAAUCAGCUUCACUUUACUUUCAUGACCAGUUCAGAGUAAAUAUAAACAAUGCCACUACCUUUAUAAACAAGUGCAUAUGUUAAUAGUAAUAGCAGGUGUGUCAAUAAAAUUAUUUAAAAAAAUAUAUAGUUAAACUAAUCACUUUCAGUUUUAGUACAUACUGUACAAGCAAAUGUAAAUUGUCUUAGUUUUUGUCUGUGCACCUUGUAGAAAGUAAUGCAGAGAGCUGGAUUGUACAUGUUAUAGCCUGUCCUAUACCAUUUCUACUAGCAAUUUCCAUAAAACGUCGCAUUAUCAUGUUUCCAAGCUAAAAACAUUGCAUCGAUUUUACCACCUCCCAAAGUAUAAGAAUGAAUCCGUUCUCAUAAUCGACACCAAAUAUAUGUGUGCUUCCAUUCGCCUCUUAUGCACAGACUCCAUUCAUGAGCAUUCUUUUUCUGUCGUUUUCGCAGUUUUACUUGCCUUGUAUAUAAACAUGAUUGCUGUGAAUGGUGUAAUAUGCAGUUGUAACCGGUUUGUACCAUCUUCAGUGGGCAGUAGUUCAGUGUCUCUUUCUGAGUGUUGGAAUUAUGAGUCAAAUGUUUGUGUACACUUAACACAUUGUCAGAUAUGAAAUAAAUGUGGAACUUAUGCAACAC